AUGGCGCAGCCAGGAAAUGCAGCAGCAGCACGAGUCUCUCCUCUAACGCAGCAGCAGCAGCUGCAGCAGCAGCAGCAGCACAGCUUCGACCGCCGCGACAGGCGCGCGCAGUCGUUAGAAUCGCAGAGGAAGCGCCACAGGGCCUCUGGUUUCGACCUUGACGCCUCGUCCGAGUCUCGCGCCGCCAAGUCCGCUAGAACCGGCGCCUGCGCUUCGAGUCAACCUUCCUCCUCCUCCAUUCGCCCUUCCUCCUCUCAAUCGUCCCCCAGCUCCUCCUUCCCCUCGGCCUCCCUCUCGUCUCGUGCCACCGAGAUUUUCGGCACGCCGACGGGUCGUCUAGAGGAUUAUUUUGUGCUCGAAUCGGCAGUGCUGGGUUCGGGGCAGUUCGGAACGGUGCGCAGGUGCGUCGAGAAGGCGACCGGGGCGCGCUUCGCGUGCAAGUCCAUCUUAAAGAGUCGGUUAACCUCCGAGUCGGAACGCCACGACGUGCGGCGCGAGGUCGUGCUCAUGCAGCGUCUCGCUGCGGGCGCGUCUUGCGGCGCAACUUCCGGCGCAGCUGGCGCCGCGUCUGCCACCGGGGCUGGCGUCGCCCCCGCGGGGUACAGCCCGCACGCGGGGGUGGUGCAGCUUCGCGCAGUGUUCGAAGACGACGCGGCCGUGCACAUGAUCAUGGAGCUGUGCGACGGUGGCGAACUGUUUGACGAAAUCGUGCGACGCGGGCGACUGAGCGAGCGCGACGCGGCGCAGGUUUUUAGCCAGAUAGUGUCGGCUGUCGCCUUCUGCCACUCCCGCGGCGUGCUCCAUCGCGACCUCAAACCCGAAAACAUCCUCCUCGCGCGCUACCCCGCUUCCGCCGCCACGCCUGCCGCUGCAGGUACGCCGUCCGCCGGCGUUUCCCCCGCCGCAGCAGCCGGCGCGGGCCAGCGCGUCGUCGUCGCGAAGCUGGCGGAUCUCGGGCUCGCGAUUCCUCUCAAGCAGGGCGAGCGCGCGCGCGGCGUCGCCGGGUCGCCUUUCUACAUCGCGCCCGAAGUCCUCCGGGGCGACUAUUCCUUCGAAGCCGACGUGUGGUCUCUGGGCGUCAUCCUCUACAUUCUCCUCUGCGGCGCGCCGCCCUUCUGGGGCCCGACGGACAGGGACGUCUUUAUGAAGGUGCUGCAAGGCGCGGUGGACAUGGGCGGGGAGGAGUGGAGAGGGGUGUCAGAGGAGGCAAAGGGGUUGGUGCGGUGCCUGCUGCAGCGGGAUCCCAGGAAGCGGCCACCUGCUGGGAAGAUUAUGACUCACCCGUGGAUCCUGCUUAACUGCCUUGCAUGCCACGUGGCAACACAGGGGGAUGCCAAGUCAAGCCUCAUGAGCACAGCCGGCAGCAGCUAA